AUGGUCUGCCUCUAUCAAUUCGCCACCACUUGGAACGCGUUUAUGGAAGCCCGAAUGAUUGUCGGAGUUGUGGUUGACGGUAUCGCGAUCAGUAGCGGGGAUUUGCCAGCGAUCAUCAACCAGGGAACAGCUGCCAGAGGUGUCCUCAAGCUCGGCCUGGCAGUCGGCCUUGGUACUCUAAAUGGUGUCAAGAACUCUUAUGAUUUUUGGGUGCCCUCUGCUGAUGCGUAUAAUGGUAACUCAUCAGAGUUCAUGAGCAGGAAGGAUAAGGUCCAGGAUAUGUCCGACUUCCUCCUCUCGAGCAUCUCAGGAGAGUCUCCAAUACCCCGGACGGACACGCGCCGAUAUGCUGACGACACUGCGCUGAUUUGGUCACCAAGGCACACCGGUUCAAGUGGUUGUAUGUAUCCGUUGAAUACUGGAACUUGUACCAACCCUACAGGAGCUAACGAGCUCGGCUCGUGGUCGCCUAAGGAAGCAAUAGAACUUAUGAAGUCGAUAAAGUCGAGGUCUGAUGCCAUUCUCAUGGUUGACGACGGACUACCGGAGAUGCUUCGGGCGUAA